UUUAAAGCAACGAGCCGGUGGCAUGACUGAAACUGGAUACAGUUCGUGAAAUUGCGACAGUGCAGUUGCGACAGUGAAGUUGCGAUUUGUAGCAAUUAUAGAGUAACAUUGCUGCAAAAGUGAUAUCUAUACCUACAUUGUAGCCCACAUAUAAACGACACGGAAGAGGAGCUUUUACAGCUGAGGACCGUGCAAUGGUGAUUUCUGACUGGUAGACAGACGUACCCUAUCACUUAAUUAAUUGCAAAUAUUUCUAACAAAUUGCAGAAGUGUAUUUGGCCUUUUUCCUCAAGUCCACCAGGCUGAUUGAGUUUGCCAUGCCGCUCUACCUGUCGAACGACGACUUCUGCUACAGGACCCCAAAGUCACUGAAACCACUACGACCCUGUCUGAACCCUUGCCUGAGGUUCAAAUCCUCUGCUCCUCCUAAACAGAUUAAAUCAGAGGGUGCUAUUCAUGAGGAGAAUGGGAAACCCAAAAGGCGAGUGUCCUUUGCCGACCACAAUGGCCUGGCCCUCACCAAGGUGAAGGUUUAUUCCUUGUUCGACGAUGCCAUUGACAUUCCACUCAACCUCACAGAUCUGUUCAGCGCUGCGCUCAAAUUAACAGAUGAGGACAGACUGGUGCUGGAUUUCACCCAGCCCUCUUCUGACUACCUGCUCUUCCGCCAGCGUUUGGAGACCGAGCUUGUCUGCUUGGAAAACUGCAUGUUGAAAAAGAGGGCACUGGCUGGAACUGUGAAGGUAAAAAACUUGUCCUUUGAGAAGUCUCUAAAGGUGCGUUUGACCUUUGACACCUGGAAAAGCUACACCGACUUGGAGUGCCAUUAUGUCAAGGACACAUACACAGGCUCGGACCGUGACACCUUCUCCUUCGAGGUUUCCCUUCCAGCUGCACUGAUACCACACGAGAAGGUAGAGUUUGCCAUCUGCUAUGAAGUCAAUGGCCAGACAUACUGGGACAGCAACCAGGGCCAGAACUACAGGAUUAUCCGGUCUGCUCUGAAGAGUGAUGGCCAGGGUAGCUUCAGCAGUACCCAGCAGAUGCACUCCUUUGAUUUGGGAAUUCACUUCGAUCACUACGGUAGUCCCAGGUGCUCCCAUGGGAUCUGCCCAGAGUGGCCAAGAUAUUCAGGAUAUGAGGAGAUUCGACCUUACUACUGAAAAAAAUAAAAUAAUAAUCAUACUUAAAGGGAUACUUCAGGAUUUUGGCAAUGAGAGUCGUAUUAAUUCGUAGAUACCAUUUGUCUCUGUGUGCAGUUUGAAGGAAGUUGCUAACUAGCGCCAGCGCAAUUGCUAACUAGUGUUAGCCCAAUGACUGGAAGUCUAUGCGUAUCUGCUAGC